UCAUUUGACAUUUCGUUUCCGGUUUCCGGUAUUUCCAACGCGGGAACAAUGGUGAUAACAAAAUCCAAAACAAUACAAAAAAUGAUCAUUUCUUUCUUUGAUCUUUAAGCAAAUGAAGAUUUGAUAACACGUUGAAUAUAUUUUCAAGUCAUAACAUUAUUUUAUUCCUUGAUUAUGUCGACUAGAGGUGUCAAAUUCUUGUUCGCCAUGGGGGAAUACGUUCUAUGUUUUGAACCAGAUCCCACCAAAGCCCGUGUUUUGUACGAAGCCAAGGUUCUUGACACAACAACUACAAAAGAUAUAUCUGGUGCCAAGAUCCCAGCAUACCAUGUACAUUUCCAGGGUUGGAACAACAGUUGGGACAGAAUUGUACCAGAAACAUAUGUUUUAAAAAACACAGACGAAAAUAAACAGUUGAUGAAAAAAUUAGCGGACACCACAAAGAAAUAUCGAAUAAACAGUGCACGAAAUAGGAGAAUUGACAGAAUUCUAAGAAAAGCUUUCAGAGGGCGACCUCCCUUGUUUGAAGAUGACGGCGACAGUCCAUAUGAAGACAAUGAUUACAUUUCCUCAGAAAGUGAUGAUGAAAAAACUGAUGACGAUCAGAAGAAAGAGGAUAAGGAAAGUCAAGAGAACUUUGAACAGAUACACAAUGGUUCAGCCCAGGAUUCUGACAAUAGGAGUACCAACAGUAGUGACGAUGGUGGGAGUAGCUAUAGUAACAAGUCUGAGGACAGAAAGAGAAAGGUUAAUGUGGAAAUAGAUCUACCACCUCUACUGAAAGAAGAACUGGAAAAAGAUUACUUGGCUGUAAACAAGCAUAAUAUGCUAUUGAAUCUACCAGCUCAGCCAAACAUUGUGUCAAUACUGGAGGAAUUUGUGAAAUCUUUUUGUGUAAACAUCCUCUUCAGUAAUUCAGCAAAAAGCACUGCACCGAGCAAAGAAGGAUCCUCGUUUGUCCCUGUAGAGAGAAAUAUUCCUUUGUGUAAGGAAAUGGCUGAUGGAUUACGCAUCUGCUUUGAUUACACUCUGCCUUUGAUCCUCCUGUAUGCAUCAGAGAAGGCCCAACUAGACAGGUUAAUAUCCACACACAAACAAAAGUCCCAAACCAGCAAUAGUGUUGUCCACUCACCUACAGCCAAAAAGUCCCCUGUGAAACGCAAACAUGGAUUGAGAGCAAGUACAAAUUUAUCUUCCAAUGGAAAUCUUUCUCCAAAGAUUCCCAAACUAUCCCCCGAGAUUUUUAAGGACAAGUUAGAGUUUGAAGCCGCAGAACAAGAUGAGUUAGCCCCAAGGAGGCUCACCAGACAAUCAGUGUUAGAUAAUGCUAAAAAAGGAGCAGAUGCAAAGCAAGCAUCUAGUGAAAGUUUACCUCAUUCAGAGGAAAAUAACAGAGAAGAACAAAAAGCAGACAGUGUCAGGAAGAAAGAAACUCGUAGAAGUCGCAGGUACAGCUCAAGUCACCAGUCGUGUUCAACAGCUAUAGUUAAAACAGAACCUUCAGACACUGGGGCUGAGGCACAGUCCCCAAAGGACACAGAGGAUGCACCGCCACCCCUCCUUAUUCCGAGUUCAAUAUCUAGUCAGAAGCCAUCUGAUAAUGGCAGUCAGGACAGCAAGGGAAGCAGUGGGGCUUCCUCGGAGUCCUGUAAGGAGGAUAUUCUGGACAGAAUUCUGUCCUGGCAGCUCUUACCCCCAGAGAAAAUACAGGCCAACCCGACCGCGCCGUCCCUGCUGUACGGGGCUCACCAUCUCCUCAGACUGUUCGUCAAACUUCCUGACCUCAUCACCAGUAUGGAUAUGGAAGACCACAAAGUCAAAGCCCUCCUCUCCCUUUUACAUUGUUUCCUAGACUACCUUAUGGAGAGAAGAGAGGAAGUUUUCAAGGAGUCCCUUUACGUUCAGCAAAGUGAUGAAUGAAAAACUGGAGAAUUGGAUUUAGUGUUAGAUUAUGUAUUUAGCAGCAGAACAUUUUUCUCUAAAGGAUAGGGUUUGGAAAAUAUGCGAUACCAAAGUGACAUAAUGUGUCCUGUACCAAGAAUAUUGCCAUGCUGUUUAAUUAAGUGAAUAAAUAGAUUGUUGUUUUUAAUAAUGUUGCUCUCAGUAUUGUAAAUUAAUUGGAUGUUUGACAGACAUUUUUAAAUGCUUAUAAAGCAUGGUAGAUGUAUAUGCAUUGUACAGCUAUGAACAAAACACUGAAAUUUUUACAUAUCUUUAUUUACAUAAAUGUAAUGUAAUUUUAUCGUUUUGUUAAGAUUUUCCUACUUGUAUUUUC